AUGGACGGUAGAGCUGAUGAUGAAGAAGCCCCAACGGAUCCGGCGGCAAGAAAGCACACUCACCAUGACUACACUGAACAAGACUUUGAAGGUCACCGAGCACAUACCGUGUUCGUGGGCGUCCACGUGCCCGCGCGCCGCCACUCACACCGAAAACACAAACACCACCAUCAUAAUGGGGAAAAAGAUCCGGAGAGACCCAGCCCAGCAAUUAUGGCCCGAGUCAGAAGACUCAGCGUAACGGAUGAUGGAGAGACAUUAACUCCGCCCGCACAAAGAGUGCAAUUUAUUCUAGGAGAAGAUGUUGAUGAUUCCACUCUUGAAUCGCAUCCACUGUUCUCUGAAAUGGAAGAACUGGUUAAAGAUGGAGAUGAGUUGGAAUGGAAAGAAACAGCUCGUUGGAUCAAAUUUGAAGAAGACGUUGAAGAAGGAGGCAAUAGAUGGUCUAAGCCCCACGUAGCCACUCUCUCGUUGCAUUCUCUGUUUGAGCUUCGAAGCCUUAUUCUAAAUGGAUCAGUAAUUUUGGAUCUAGAAGCGAACUCUUUAGAACAAGUUGCUGAAAACGUUCUCGAUAACAUGGUUGUUGAUGGCGGCCUCACAUAUGAUCGGAGAGAGAAAGUUAAAGAUGCAUUAUUGAGAAGGCACAGACAUCAAUAUGAAAAACGUAAUCACAAUAAUAUGUCAAGGCUCCCACUAAUAAGAUCUCUAGCAGAUAUAGGAAGAAAUCAUUCAUCUUGUAAAAAUUUACAGGAUGGUGGCUCUCGACGCUCCAGUUCAAGGAGUUGUCGGGGGUCCACCUCAUCCCCCAACACGGCUCUUCUUCACGCUGCUGACGCAAGAGGCUCUUAUCUAGCCGUGCCAGUGGAUGAAGGCGGUACAUCAAGUGGACAUUCUCACAAAGGAGAUUUUGGUCGAUUCCUAGGCAUCUCUAAUGCGGGUGCAGCCCCCGAUGAAGGAAUGAUAAAAAGUCCAAGCAAUUUAUCUAUGUAUCGUAAUCACAGUUCAGGUGAUUUGCCUAUGAAUGGAGAUAUUAAUCACAAAUGUAACACCCACUUUAUGCGUAAAAUACCUCCUGGAGCUGAAGCUUCUAAUAUAUUGGUUGGAGAAGUGGAUUUUCUAGAAAAAACUCUGUCAGCGUUUGUCCGACUGAAAACAGGAACUAUUAUGGGAGAUUUAACAGAAGUACCAGUUCCUACUCGGUUCAUGUUUGUACUACUGGGACCACCAAACAGUAAUUCUAGCUUCCACGAAAUAGGCAGAGCAAUGGCAACAUUAAUGUCAGAUGAAAUUUUUCAUGAAGUAGCAUAUAGAGCUAAAAAACGAGAUCACCUUUUAGCUGGUAUAGAUGAAUUUCUCGACGCUGUGACAGUACUACCGCCAGGUGAAUGGGACCCAGCAAUUCGUAUAGAACCUCCAGCGGCUAUCCCAUCACAGGAUCCUCGCAAAAGACCUAAUGAUAAUAAUCCGAAAGAAGAACCAGAUGAGGAAGAAGAAGAACAAAGACAAAGAGAAGAAUCAGGUUUAGCUAGAACUGGAAAAUUGUUUGGUGGGCUAAUUAAUGAUCUGAAAAGAAAGGCACCUUGGUAUUGGUCAGAUUUUAAGGAUGCAUUUGCUUUACAGUGCGUUGCAUCAUGGAUAUUUCUAUAUUUUGCAUGUUUAUCGCCAAUAAUCACUUUCGGUGGAUUAUUAGGUGAAGCUACUGGAAAAAACAUGGCUGCAAUGGAAUCUUUAGUAUCUGGUUUUGUAUGCGGAAUGGGAUAUGGAUUCUUUUCAGGGCAACCUCUAACUAUCUUAGGAUCCACAGGACCAGUAUUAGUAUUUGAAACAAUAGUAUUCGAGUUCUGUAAGCAAAUUGGAUGGAACUACAUGUCAUUUAGAUUUUGUAUUGGAACGUGGACGACAAUAAUUUUGGUUACUUUAGUGGCAAUUGAUGCUAGUGCUUUAGUUUGUUAUAUUACACGAUUUACUGAGGAAAAUUUCGCAACAUUGAUUGCAUUUAUAUUUAUUUAUAAGGCUGUAGAAAAUGUUAUUUCCAUCGGCAAAAAAUACCCUCUGAAGACGCGCCCUGAUGAAGUGCUCAAUUAUGAAUGCUAUUGUUUACCGAGCAAUUACUCAAGAGUGCCGGAACAGUUUAAUUGGACUUCAAUCGACAAGGAGUCUUGUCAGCUGUAUAACGGAACCUUAGCUGGUGGUGGAUGUGAUACAAAGGUGUACGUGCCAGAUGUAUUUUUGAUGUCAAUUAUUUUAUUCCUUGGAACUUUCACGAUAUCUAUAAUAUUGAAAGACUUUAAAAAUUCUCUUUUCUUCCCAUCCAAGAUACGACAAUUCAUAAGCGACUUCUCCGUUAUCAUAGCUAUAUUAUCCAUGUCUUUCCUUGAUUUUAAAGUUGGAGUAAAAACUCCAAAAUUGGAGGUGCCUUCCGAAUUUAAGCCUACAUUGCCGUCACGUGAAUGGGUCAUUACGCCUUUUAACGGAAACCCUGUCUGGUCAGCGCUUGUUGCUAUUUUACCGGCUUUACUGGGAACAAUUUUAAUAUUCAUGGAUCAGCAAAUAACAGCUGUAAUUGUAAACCGUAAAGAAAAUAAACUGAAAAAGGGUUGUGGAUAUCAUCUUGAUCUUUUCGUAUUAGCAAUUCUCAUACAAAUAUGCUCCAUUAUGGGUCUGCCAUGGUUCGUAGCUGCGACUGUACUCAGUAUUAAUCACGUCAAUUCUUUGAAAGUGGAAUCAGAAUGUGCUGCUCCAGGAGAAAAACCUCAAUUUCUAGGUGUUAGAGAACAAAGGGCUACCCAUAUACUAAUAUUUUUAACAAUAGGUUGUUCAGUAGUGCUGACACCAGUACUAAGACAUAUACCAAUGCCAGUAUUAUUUGGAGUUUUUCUGUAUAUGGGUGUAGCUUCACUGAAAGGACUUCAAUUCUUCGAUAGAAUCCUGAUAAUGUUUAUGCCUCAAAAAUAUCAGCCAGACCACAUGUUUCUGCGACAAGUACCAAUUCGACGCGUUCAUUUAUUUACUGCGAUUCAAUUAACUUGUCUUGUAUGUUUGUGGGUAAUAAAAUCUUUCUCUAUGACAUCUAUUCUAUUUCCACUGAUGUUAGUUGUGAUGAUAGGCAUUAGGAAAUCACUAGAUUUGUUUUUUACACGACGUGAACUUAAAAUAUUAGAUGAUGUGAUGCCUGAAAUGACUAAAAGGAACCAAGAUGAACUUCGAGAACUAGGCGACGUUGAGGACACCAUCAAGAGUAAUCCCCCAGCAUUCCAAGAAAAUCUACAAAUUCCUCUCAUUAAUGGAAAUAUUAUGAAUAUUCCGUUGGCUUCAAUUAAUAUUUCUGAGGAAAUGAAUAAAACAGGUAUAUGGAAGCAAGUCAAUAAUAGUAAUAAAGUAAAAAAUCGCAUUGACUCCAAGGAUUUAAAAGCAAAAUCCGGAAAGAAGACUAUCAAACACAAGAAACUGAUAUCAAAGAACGCACAAUCGGAAAUAGAAAGGCGUCUAUCGACGAUGGACGAGGUGGAGGAAGACGACUCACAGAAGAGCGAUCUCCUAAGGCGCAAGGACUCGUGGAGUAGCGGACUUAAAAAGUGUAAUACAUCUGCUGAGACCUCAGUU